ACCACUUAAGCACCAGCUCCUGCUGGCUAGCACGCUCCGUACUAUCGCAUACAAUGUCGAUGAGGCCCUUCUCGGGUCUUCACACAGCUUCCCGGACCCUCAUACAGCACAAGACUUCUAUCCCAUGUCCCCAGCCAGCCUGGGUCACCAACACGUCACAUACCCGGGUUCGUCCACGCCCCGGAAGCUUGCCGGCUCGUGAUCACCAGAGUUAUCACCGCCCACCACCACGGCCCUUUGCGCCAUUACGGAACAGAACAGAUCGAACCCAGAGUCGAGACACUCGUGCUUUUAUCAGCUCAUUGCCCCCCAUGUCGGGUGCCAUGUACAACCCAAAGGCCAAGCAGGCGGUCAAGCAGUCUGGCAAGGGAGGUCCUUCGCCAGAGCCGCGACCAAGUGCCAGCGUCGUCCUUCUGUCGCCCACAAACCAGGUCCUUCUCCUGCGCAGAGUCAAGACGUCGUCCGCCUUCCCGUCAGCACACGUGUUUCCUGGUGGAAACCUCUCCGACUUCCACGAUGGCAAGGUGCCCCCUCCAGACGAUCCAAAACGGCACCAGGACUCCCUGCAAUACCGGCUGGCAGCUAUCCGCGAGACCUUUGAGGAGAGCGGCAUAUUGCUGGCGCGCGAGAUUGGCAAGAAAGACGGCCCGCUACUGAGCUUGCCUGCUGCUGAGCGGGACCGUGCUCGCCGUGCCAUUUACAAGAACGAGAUCCGCUUCGUCGACUGGCUCAAGUCUGUCGGCGGCGAACCUGACACGGACAGCCUUCACCCGUUCACGCGAUGGCUCACACCCAAACCGACGCCCAAACGCUUCUCCACGCAGAUGUACCUCUACAUGCUUCCUCUCUCGGCGGGCACCGACAUGGCCGCCUCCAUACCGCAGGACCCAGCGAUCGAGGCUGCAGAGCGGGAAGCCCAGAUCCCCACCCCGGACGGAAGCGAGGUUAUGACGGCGCGUUUCGACGACCCGAGCGCCUGGAAUGCGCGCAACCUGGCAGGAAAAUCUAUCAUGUUCCCGCCCCAGGUCUUUCUGAUCCAGAUGGUCGGGCAGUUUGUGCAGGGCCCGCACCCGACGAAAGACAGCGACAAGAACAACAAGACUGCGCACUACGCCGCGCAGAGAGAAAAGCUACUCGCCUGGCUCAAGACGACGCCGACUUGCAACAAGGACAAAUACGCAUCUCAAGCGGCAUCCCAAAUCCCCUGGGCGGACAAGUGCAUUAGCCCCGUCUCCAUCGGUCUGCGAAAAGCCGAUGGCCGUGCAAUUCUCACGCUCGACAAGCCCGGGCCCGAGUUGCGAGGCACUGGCCGCGGGGGCGAUUGGGAGCGGGUGGUCCUUGUCAAGUUCGGCGGGCCCGGUCCAACCAACGUCGAGAUUGUCGACCGUGACGAGAUCUUUGCCGAGAUGUAUGCUGAUCGGGAGCGGGAGAGCGAACCUGAAGGGGCUUCGAAGCUGUAAUGCAUACACAAACUACCUUGAUACGAGAACCUUUAACGGCACGACAGAGUCACGCUAUCCGACGCGACAAAGUCUCUGCUCUGUACCGCAGUAUUUACACUCCAUAAGUUAAUGAUUGUAGCCUUGAGUCAUCACUACAAAAUCCAUUCCUAAUAAUACCCCAAUCCUAACUUACCGAAGAGGCGAAGGAUUCUCAAUGAAGAUUACUUGAAAAGCGUUCUAUAAAGUAGCCGGUGCUUUACUCAUACUCUACAUUAUCCAACCAUACUUAAGAAUAACUUGAUCGUGCGCCUCAUGCCUGAACUUUGUCGUACAUUCAGAGGUCACCCCAGAUAGAUAGAAUCAUGUCUAGCUUGUUCUACCAUAUCGCGACCGAGGCAACAAUGGUCUACGCAAGAUCAAACG